CGUGUUUGAUUGUGCUUACUUCAGAAUACAGUUGAAUUCCAUAAUGCCAGCUGAAGUGAAUGUGCCUCUGACAACCUACGAGCGGCUUCAGAAGUAUCAGGAAGAAUUCGGCUCUGCUCUUCGUCAUCCUGACUCACCUGCUUGGUUCAACAAAGAAUACAACGAGAAAUUGAAAAAGGAGCUGAUCUGGGCGGCUCCAUAUGAUGCUCGUUUCCCUCAGGUGCGCAAACAGCGUCAAUGUUUCGCUUACUAUGUUGAUUUCCAUCGCUGCAACGAAUUAAUGGGUGCGGACUAUCAUCCUUGCAAGUUUUUCCAGAAUGUCUACAAAGACUUCUGUCCGAAUUUCUGGAUCGAGAAGUGGGAUGAAUUGAUCGAAGAAGGACGUUUCCCAGCCAAAUUCGACCGCUAAAAUCGAUUGGAAGAUUAUAUAUAGUGUAGUCUUGGUUAAGGAUAAACUUGAUUGUGAUUUCAUGGUACCCUCUUGAAGGUGCAGUUGCACUACCUCUUUGUAAUGAUGCAUCAGUGCUUUGUAAAUAAAGCUGCGAAGC